CCAACAGAAAUUGUCAAUUUAAGUGCAAGACCAUGGAGGGAUAAGAGGAAGAAGAAAUGUGCACAUUAGAGAAGCAGGGCAAUCUCUACAUCCUCACGCUGACCGGCCCAGGCGAGCACAGACUAAACCCUAAACUCAUCGACUCUAUCCAGUCCGCUCUUCGCCUCCUUCGUGACCAGCCACUCUACCCUUCUUCUGCUCUCAUCACCACCGCGCAUGGUAAAUUCUUCUGCAAUGGCUACGAUCUUGCCUGGGGCCAAUCCGCUUCAUCUGCACCUAUCACUCAGUCCCGCUUCCAGCUCAUGUCAUUGAAAUUCCGGUCUCUAAUCUCCGAUCUCAUCUCGCUUCCUAUGCCUACUAUCGCCGCCGUCACCGGACACUCGUCGACUGCAGGAUUUAUGUUGGCUUUGGGCCAUGAUUAUGUGCUGAUGAGAAAAGAUAGGGGCUUCAUUUACAUGAGUGAGCUCGAUAUGGUUGUGAUUCCUGCUUGGUUUAUGGCGAUGUUGAAGUGCAAAAUUGGGGAUGCGAGUGUGAGGAGGGAGGUGGUGUUGACGGCUGCGAAAUUGACGGCAGAGAUGGCAGUGGAGAGGAGAAUCGUCCAUUCGGCGCACGAGAGCGCGCAGGCGACAGUUGAGGCAGCGGUUGGGCUAGGGAACGAAUUGGUGAGGCGGAAAUGGGAUGGACGCGUGUAUGCAAAUAAUAGGCUGGUGGUUUUGGGUGAGGUGUUGGAUAAGAUUGGCUUUGACGAAACUGUUGAGGGGCAAAAUGGGGAUAGCACUAAAUCAAAGCUCUAAAGUGUAAUCCGAUAUAUUGCGCUUCGUUGAUUGGUAGAUUUAUUAUAAAGGCUUAUAUUUAUAUA